CUCUCUCUCUCUCACACCCGCCGAUUCCAUCAAACAGAAACAAAGAAAAGCAAAAGGAGUCUCGCUCGUCUUCGACCGCCGGAGGAGGAGGUCGACGCUCGCAUCACUCUCCAGCGCGUCGAGAUUCUCCGCUUCCUCUUUCUUUCCAGACACAGGCAAUAUAGAAAGAAAUUUUUAUGGCUUCAACCAGAAAACUGAGAAAUGUGAACAAGCGAUUUGCUAAAGUUUUUGAAGACUGGUCUGAGAAGGAUGAGACACCUCCAAAGAAAAGUCGAGCACGAAAGAGGAAAUUGUCUGACAUGCUAGGUUCUCAGUGGAGCAAAGAAGAAAUUGAGCGAUUCUAUGAAGCUUACCGCAAAUAUGGGAAAGAUUGGAGAAAGGUUGCUGGUACCUUGCGUAAUAGAUCAUCAGAAACGGUGGAAGCUCUUUACAACAUGAAUAAAGCAUAUUUAUCUCUUCCUGAAGGAACAGCUACUGUAGCUGGGUUAAUUGCAAUGAUGACCGAUCACUACAACAUUCUGGAAGGAAGUGAUAGUGAUCGAGAAAGUAACGAUGUGGCAAAAACAUAUCAAAAACCUCAAAAACGUGGUCGGGGGAAAUUUCGACUUAUGCCCAAGGGUUCUGAUGGGUGCUCUCCUGAUCAGUCACAAUAUCAGUCAGUUUCAUCAAGAUAUGGAUGCCUAUCUUUGUUGAAGAAGAAGCGUUCUGGAGAUUUAUUUUCGGGGAAUCAACCUCGUGCUGUUGGGAAAAGGACUCCUCGCAUCCCUGUUUCAAAUAUGUAUAGCAAAUAUGACAAGGAAAAAGCAACAUGUUUAAAUAAACAGUCUUCAAAGUCAGAGGUUAAUGCUGUUGAUGAUGAAGGUGCUCACGUAGCAGCAUUGGCUUUAGCAGAGGUUCUGCAAAGAGGUGGCUCACCGCAGAUAUCUCGAACACCUGGAAGCGGAGUUGAUCACGUGAGGUCUUCUCCUGUUAGAAGCAGUGAACAAAAGAGCGUCGAACAGGAGACAGACAGAUCAAAGUUAAUCAUUCAAAUGGAUGAUGAUUGCCAUGAAGCUAGUCUAGGAAGUAGGGAAGCUGAGAAUGGAGUAUUUGCUAGAGAUGUUAAAGAAGGUGCUGGAGCAGUUGAAGCUCCAAAAAGAAUGAAGAAGCGCCAAGGAAAGAGACCAAAAACUUUUGAUACUGAAAACUUCCAAAUUGAUGAUGAUAGAGAAGCAUGUAGUGGUACUGAAGAAGGAUCAAGUGUCCGAAAAAUUAAAGAUGAAAAUGACUUGGAGGUUAGAGACAAUAAAGCUGCUCGUGGAUCCAAUGGUUCAAGGAAAAGAAGCCGGCAACUAUUUUUUGGAGAUGAGAAUUCUGCCCUGGAUGCUUUGCAGACACUAGCAGAUUUGUCUGUUAAUAUCUUGCUGCCUUCAUCUGCUGUUGAGUCCGAAUCGUCAGCCCAGGUUAAAGAACAGACAAAUAUUGAUACUGAUGAGAAGCCUGAUAUACCUGAAUCAUUGCCUUUAAAUUACAAAAGAGAUAAGUCUAAAGUUUCAGGGAAAAAGGAGAGAAGGCAUUCUGCAGGUGUUGGUUCCGAUACACUUUCCAGGAGAAGUUCAAAAGUUGUCAAGGGAUUGCAACGUGACUCAAAAGUUAUUGCUGAGAUGAAUCAGCAAGCUUGCGCAUGUAUCAAUAUGACAGAGAAGAGAAAAGGGAAAACUUUCUCUGGGAAAAUACCAAAAUCUGAGUUCAGCAGUGAAUCUCAAAAAAGUGAGCUGCAGAAAAUGGAGGUUUCUGCUGAAGAAGGGAAAAGAUCAGUUGCUAAGGUUAGACGUGUUAGUCAAGUUAGUCCAUUGCUAAGGCAAGGGAAGUUUGUUAAACCCCCAGAGAACUCUUCUUCUGUCGCUGAUUCUGGAAGAACAGUUACUGAUUUAAGCAAAACAACUCGUUUGGCAAUUGAAAACCAAGUUAAUUUGCUUACAAAACAUAGAAGUCGUCGAAAGAUAGGCCUGCAAAAAGCACCAGCCUGGAAGGAUUUUAAAUCCAAUGAUAUGGGAGAUAAUUGUCCUCAUAAAUACUCCUAUGCAGUCAACAGGAUUGUUGAGCCUAAGGAAAAUCUUUCUCACUGCCUAUCAUCUAAACUGUUGCGUAGAUGGUGUAUGUUUGAGUGGUUUUACAGUGCAAUUGACCAUCCAUGGUUUGCCAAAAGCGAGUUUGUGGAGUACUUGAAUCAUGUGAGGUUGGGCCACAUACCUAGACUAACUCGUGUGGAGUGGGGUGUCAUACGAAGUUCUCUUGGAAAACCACGUCGAUUAUCUAAACAAUUUUUAAAGGAAGAAAGGGAGAAGCUGGAGCAGUACAGAGAAUCAGUUAGGACACAUUAUGCUGAGCUUCAAGCUGGUCUUAAAGAAGGCCUCCCAACAGAUCUAGCUCGCCCUUUAUCAGUGGGACAACGUGUGAUUGCUUGUCACCCUAAAACAAGAGAACUUCAUGAUGGAAGUGUUCUGACAGUUGAACGUAGUAGGUGCAGAGUUCAGUUUGAUCGGCCUGAGCUAGGGGUUAAGUUUGUAAUGGAUAUUGACUGCAUGCCACUUAAUCCAUUUGACAAUAUUCCUGAAACUCUUAGACCACAGAAUAUUGUUAUUAACAGACACUGCAACACCUUCAAAGAUAUGAAAUUAGAAGAUCCUCCUAAGGAUUGGAGAACUGGAAGUUUUGACAUUGCAGAUGGGCGUACUCAUACUUCUGCUACCAGUUAUCAAAUGAAUACACUAAUGAAGCAGGCUAAGGGGGACACGAUUGAUGCCAUCGUACAAGCUAAAGCUACCGUAAAUCAAGUUGCUGUUGCUGCACAACAGGCAAUGUAUAAUCAACCUUGUACACUAUCACAAAUUCAGGAAAGAGAAGCUGAUAUUAGGGCUCUUGCUGAGUUAUCUCGUGCACUUGAUAAAAAGGAAGCUCUGUUGAUCGAAUUGAGAAAUAUGAAUGAAGAAGUCUCAGAAAAGCAGAAGGAUGGUGAUACCAUAAAGGAUCUGGAUCAUUUCAGAAAGCAAUAUGCCAUGGUACUUGUUCAACUACGAGAUGCUAAUGAUCAGGUUGCUUCCGCCUUGCUUUCUUUAAGACAGCGUAACACAUACCAUGGUAAUUCAACACCCCCAUGGACCAGGCCAGUGGAAAAUGCAGGAUCUGUUGGAUCUCCAGAGCCAUUCAACCCAUCUGCAUUUCCCAAUCAGGAUAUGGGAUCUCAUGUAAGGGAAAUUGUUGAAACUUCUACACAAAAAGCAAGGACAAUGGUUGAUGCUGCUCUGCAGGCAAUGUGCACACUAAAGGAAGGAGAAGAUGCAUUUACCAAAAUUGGACAGGCUUUAGAUUUGACUAAUAAUCGCAACACUGGUUCUGGUAUAUUGGGAGUACAUGGGCCUCCUAAUCCAGGACAUAGCAACACAACAAAUCACGAUCAUCCAGCUAGCACAUUUGACAUCACAACAGUUCAUGCACUUAGUCCAAAAACCAACAAUUCAUCUGAUGCUGAUCUUCAACUUCCUUCGGAGUUAAUUUCAUCAUGUGUCUCGACACUUCUCAUGAUACAGACGUGUACGGAGAGACAGUACCCACCUGCCGAGAUUGCCCAGAUUCUUGAUUCUGCUGUCACAAGUUUGCAUCCAUAUUCUCCACAUAAUCUACCAAUUUACAGGGAGAUUGAGACAUGCAUGGGUAUCAUCAAAAACCAAAUAUUGGCUCUGAUACCAACUCCAACCACGGCCGCCCCUGAAAUCACAACAUGAUAAGCGUUCACUACUUUUUUUUGUCUCUGUACUACCUUCCUUCUUGGUGUAGUGCUAGUUUGUAUUAUGAUAAAUAGCCCCCCCCCCUGUUAUUCAAAAUGGGGUCUGUGCAACAUUCCAUUCAGGUAUUUAAAUCAAAGCUUUUACGCUUCUUGUUUCCCU